GGGACCGGAAGGCGUGUACCGCAGAUGCUGAGGUGGGGAAGGGUGACACGAAGCCGUAAACUCCCGGGAAUCUGGGUCGAUGGGGCCGGAGCUGGGGCUGGGCUCGUUAAUUAUACCCCUGUGCUGAUCCCCCUUCACCUCUGCAGGACAUGGCUGCUCCCGGUCUGGAGCUGGACCCGCUCUUCCUGAAAGCCCUGGGAUACCUGCAUUCGAAGAGCAAGGACUCGGCGGAGAAGCUGAAGGCGCUGCUGGACGAGGCCUUGGCCAGAGGCGGCGAGUGCAGCUUUCGGCAGCAGCAGAAGGAAGUUGAAACACCCAAGGUAACUGCUGGUUCCAAAUCCAGUUCAGCCAAGCAGGAGUCUAAAGUGUCCUCAUCUCUGACAUCUGGCAAUAAUGGAAAGUCCAGUUCCAGUGAGAAAACCAAGAAGGAAACUGAGAAGAGGCCAGCUGAAAAGGUUAAACUGGACACUCAGGAAGGAAUCGACCCCCAGAAAAAGUCCAGGCUGGAGAAGCCAGAGAAUCGAUCUUCCCCAAUCACUGUUCAAUCCAGCAAAGACCUGCCAAUGCCUGACCUGCCUGGCUUUGAGAGUGCAGAGGACUUUGCCAUGGAAAUGGGAUUGGCGUGUGUGGUGUGCCGCCAGAUGACUGUUACAUCGGGUAAUCAGCUGGUUGAAUGUCAAGAAUGUCAUAACCUCUACCACCAGGACUGUCAUAAACCCCAAGUGACGGACAAGGAUGUGAAUGAUCCACGGCUGGUAUGGUAUUGUGCCCGCUGUACAAGGCAGAUGAAGAAAAUGGCACAGAAGACACAAAAGGCUGCUCCAAAAGCUUCCAGUUCAGUUGCUAACACCACUCCAUCAGUUAAAGAUCCAUCAGUGAAAAAGCCUGACUUGAAGCUGAAACAAGAAAUGACCACAUUUCAGGCUUUCAAAAGAGCUGAAGUAAAGACUUCCUCAUCUGCUUCUGGGAAUUCCACCAAUUCUAACACCACCUCUUCUUCUGUUAGUGGUCUCACAGGAUGGGCUGCCUUUGGAGCUAAAACAUCUACUGCAGCACCUUCCACAGCUAAACUGGGGUCAACUGUACAAACUGCCAGUGGGAAACCUACUGCACCCUCCUCAAAUCAGAAAGCAGUGGGUCUGUCUGGACUGGCACCUUCCAAGGCAAGCCUGGGGUCUAAAACGGCCACGGGCACUAACUCUGGCACUGGACCUAUAAAGCCACCUCCACCCCUAACACUGGGGAAACCGAGUCUUAACCGAUCAUCUAGCACUGACAAUGUCAGCAAAGUGGGUUUAACAGGGCCAGGCAAUAGUGCUGGCCAGGCUAGCAGUGGGAAUGGAGGGAGCACUUCUACCAACAGUGGUGGUAACAAUGGGGCCAAAGCACCGUCUGAUGCCAGCAACUCUUCUGUCGUUAAGUUGCCGACAUCUCAAGAGUCUCAGCUUAAUGCUAUGAAAAGGCUCCAGAUGGUUAAGAAGAAAGCUGCACAGAAGAAGCUUAAAAAGUGAAUGCAAAUGGGCCUGAACGGUUGUGGUUCUCUGUUGUCUUUCUACAGAGGAAAGCAGGCACCUCAUCCUUGCCAAGGAGGCCAACAAACUUGCCCUUGGAUUUACACAUUUUCUAAGAUUUUCAUUUGUGAGAAGAGCACAGAUCUUUCUCUUGCCUCAAAAGGCCCCAUGAAACACACUUAGUGUUAUGUUAUUGAGAGAAGAUUUAUGUUGGUCUCAGUGGCCUUGAUCAAGAGCUGCAGCAUUAAAAGGCUUAUGAGCACAAGGCUGAGGAAAUUAAGAGAUUACACUGUUACAUGGCAGAAAACUUCAAUAAGUUUAUAAUUCAAUUAAUUUUAUAACUUGCCAUUUUUAACAAAAUUGACUUGCUGGCCUUUUCCAUUUUUAAAAAAAAAUCUUUCGUAGAUCACUGAUUCAGGUUCUGUCUCGUACACUUUCAAGCAAUCUGAAAGGAGCUUAAUUAGAGACCCAAUUCUGAUACCAGCAGCCACAGAUCUUGGUCAUUCGUUAACUUACAGGAGACAAUGUCCUUUAUGUGGCAUGCAGAACAAAGUAACAGAAGUCUUCUUUCUAAGCUUGUUCUAGUUUCCUUGCAGCCACAGAAAACCUUUCCUUUAAAAGAUUUAGCAAAAAUUCUCAACAGGCCAAAAAUGCUCUGCACUUCUCAAAACAAAUCUCAAAAAAAUGUUGAGUGAGAGACCAGUUUACUGUGACAUUCAAAAACCAGGGAGGUUUGAAUUCUGUGUCAAAUGGACCUGUUCACAUAUGUUGUCUUGUGUAUAUAUUACUGUUAAUGGAGAUGGCAUCUCCAUUUGGUGUGUUGCACUGGUAUUGAAAAAGAAUUAAAGUCAAACCUUGUAACUUCAAUUCAUGGAGCACCUUUCUUAUUAGUCCCAUUACAUAUUUUCAUGGCCUCUUCUUGAAUUGUUUUAAUUUUUAAGUGAUGAUCAGUAGGUAAAACCCAAAUGUGAAUUUCAAGGAAUAAACCUAUAAAUGCAACACUGACAAAUGUAAGUGAUUAUUCAUCCUCUGCAUCCCAUUCUAAUAUUUAUUUAAAUAUGGCCUAUUAACGUUCAUCUGCCUUUGCUCCAUAUAACUCAGUAUCAACAUUAUACACAAUUCAUUAACUUUUGUCUGUAGGAAUUAGUGCUUCCAUCUUUUAACCCUGAAUGACUUGGCUCUAAUUUUCUGAUUAUUCCCUCUUCUAGAUUUCUGCACAGGAGAAAAUAAAGUCUU